UGAGAAGCCAAAGAGUCCUGCUGUUUCGUCUGCUCUCUUUAACUCUCUCUAGAUUCAUAGCUCUGUAGACUAUAUUUAUAUACGCCUAUAUCUAUUGAGAGAGGGUAGGAGUAUACAGAAUGUCGCAAAACGCGAAAUUGAUGCCGAAUCUGGAUGAAAAGAGUACGAAGGUGCUGAAUUUGACGGUGCUGCAGCGAAUCGAUCCGUUUGUCGAAGAAAUUCUAAUCACCGCUGCCCAUGUUACCUUAUACGAAUUCAACGUUGAUACAAGCCAAUGGAGUCGAAAGGAUGUGGAAGGUUCUCUCUUUGUGGUUAAAAGGAAUGCUCAACCUCGUUUCCAGUUUAUAGUAAUGAAUCGCCGGAAUACAGAUAAUUUGGUGGAGAAUCUAUUGGCAGAUUUUGAGUAUGAAGUGCAGGUUCCAUAUUUGUUGUAUCGUAAUGCUGCUCAAGAGGUAAAUGGAAUAUGGUUCUACAAUGCACGUGAGUGUGAAGACGUUGCGAAUCUCUUUAGCAGGUUGAUUUUUUAUUCUAUUCCUCUUCUCCGUAUUCUUAUUUAAAUCCUAUAUCUACUC